AUGUCACUGGGCUGGCACACACUGGGGAACCGCAGAGAAGAUCAUCGGGGAUUUCCCCAGGCAGCGGACACUGGUAAGAAAAAUCCUCCGGCGAUACUGCCUGCGUUCGUCAGCCUACCGUGGCAUUCUACCACCUUACCACAGUAUUUACAGCUUAGCAGAUUCUUGCUCAUGCGGCGUGCUGUAGUCGGUAUACCAGAACAAUUGCGUACUCUUCCAUAUGUGCAGCAAAGUGCUGUUCUGUCUGAGUAUCAGAGAGAAUCGAAAUUUGUGAAUUAUAGAUGCUGCGGAAAGCUGUCGGGAUGCCGACUGAUAGAUACCCAACAUUGA